UUAGAAAAUAGAAACCCACGAACACAACCCGUCGAUUCCCGUCACCGCCUCCCACCUCCCUCCUCCCCGCGCCGAUGGGAUCCGGUCACCGUCUCGACCUCGUCCUCGUCCUCGUCCUCAUCCACCUCCUCUUCGGACCUCUCCCCACCCUCGCCCAUGGAGACGACGACGACGCCCACGCCUUCCUAUUCGACCCCACCCGCGUUAUCCAACUCUCAUGGCGCCCUAGGGCUUUUUUGUGCAAGGGAUUCCUCUCCGGCGACGAAUGCGACCACCUAAUCAAAUUGGCAAAAGGAAAGCUGGAGAAAUCAAUGGUGGCCGAUAAUGAGUCCGGGAAGAGCGUGAUGAGUGAGGUCCGCACAAGCUCAGGAAUGUUCCUUGAGAAGCACCAGGACGAAAUUGUUGCAAGAAUCGAAAAGAGGAUCGCUGCUUGGACAUUUCUUCCAGUAGAAAACGGCGAGUCGAUGCAAAUUCUACACUACGAGAAUGGUGAAAAAUAUGAGCCCCAUUUUGAUUAUUUUCACGACAAGGCAAAUCAAGUGCUUGGAGGUCACAGAGUCGCCACGGUUCUCAUGUACUUGUCUGAUGUCAUAAAGGGUGGGGAGACCAUUUUUCCUAAUGCGGAGAGUAAACUUACUCAGCACAAGGAUGACUCCUGGUCUGAUUGUUCAAGAAAUGGCUAUGCAGUAAAACCAAGAAAAGGCGAUGCUCUCCUCUUCUUCAGCCUUCACCCUGAUGCAACAACAGAUACCGACAGCCUGCACGGAAGCUGCCCUGUUAUAGAAGGCGAGAAGUGGUCUGCGACAAAGUGGAUUCACGUAAGAUCCUUCGAUAAGCCAGUGAGUGUAGAGAGGUCGGGCGAGGCAUGCGACGACGAGAACACCCUUUGCCCGCAGUGGGCUGCGGUGGGCGAGUGCGUGAAGAAUCCUCUUUAUAUGGUUGGAUCGAAAGAUUCACCUGGGUUUUGUAGGAAAAGCUGCAACGUCUGCGCGUUAUAGGCACGGAUUAACUUGUCGUCAUGUAAAUAACAUUUGAGUGUGGCAGAGAAAAGAAUGUUGGUUUCAGAAGCUAUUUAGGGAUUCUCUUGUGUGUCGACAAAGUUGUACUUCGAAUGGUAUUAGACAAUAAGAACCCUUUGAUGGGCAUAUUUACACUAUAAGCAUGUUUUAUAAUAAUUAAGCUGGUUCGCGAAGCAAAAA